CUGGGGGUGACUGGGCAGCCAAGCGUUGAGGUUCUGAGGGGGCGGGGGCAACCGGCAGAGCACGUGAGCAUCGGCCUCUUCUCUCCUUUAUCCUUUAGGAGUCGGUACCUGCAGGAACAGCCACGCGUCCGGUGUAUGGCCACGGAGUUACUGUGUCCGGACUCCAUGCCCUGUCACAACCAAAAAGUAAACUCUGUCUCAAGCCUCGAGCCGCCGCGACCUGGCGACGUGAUCCCGGAUCAUGCGGGAGGAGACCGCGCCCCGGCGGAGGGGGAGUCUCAGGCCUGCAGCAAUGCCAGCCUCAACUCAGACAGCAGCGGUGGCAGGAGCAACUGUGACGCACAGCCUGGAGACUCCCUCCUAGGGGACUGCGAACUGUCCGGGCAGAUAGGGGCGCAGCUUAAGCUGCUGCCCAUGAAUGAUCAGAUCCGGGAGCUGCAGACCAUCAUCCGGGACAAGACAGCCAGUAGAGGGGACUUCAUGUUUUCUGCGGAUCGUUUGAUCAGACUUGUUGUGGAAGAGGGAUUGAAUCAGCUACCAUAUAAAGAAUGCAUGGUGACCACUCCAACAGGGUACAAGUAUGAAGGAGUGAAAUUUGAGAAGGGAAAUUGUGGGGUCAGCAUAAUGAGAAGCGGUGAGGCUAUGGAACAAGGUUUACGAGACUGCUGCCGAUCCAUACGGAUUGGAAAAAUCCUGAUUCAGAGUGAUGAGGAGACACAAAGAGCCAAAGUAUAUUAUGCCAAGUUCCCCCCAGACAUUUACAGGAGAAAAGUCCUUCUGAUGUAUCCGAUUCUCAGCACUGGAAACACUGUGAUUGAAGCUGUGAAGGUUCUUAUAGAACAUGGAGUUCAGCCCAGUGUUAUCAUCGUUCUCAGUCUGUUCUCCACACCUCAUGGUGCCAAAUCAAUCAUUCAAGAGUUUCCAGAGAUCACAAUUUUAACUACUGAACUCCAUCCUGUUGCACCUACACAUUUUGGACAGAAAUACUUUGGAACAGACUAAGUUAUUGAGGGAAAAUUAAUUUUCUUUUGUAAUAGUACAGUUAUGUUUUGACUUUGUACCAGUGUUAGUAAUUCACUUGAGAAGUAACAGAGAAAAUUGUGUUAAAGAUGCUUUAUAACUUUUGGAAGUGCGUGUAGUAAAAAGGAAAUACUUCAGGCUUAUUUAUUUUAUUUGCUUACUUCUUGACUGUUGGCACCGAAUUCAACAAUGAAGUACACACAACUCUUGGAAAAUAUUUUAAUAAUAUUCUUUAUACAAAUUGUUGAUCCCUAAGUGCACUGAAACUGUUCCCUAAUUUCUGAGCCUCUUGGUUUGUAGAUUGCUUGUAGCCACAAAUAAAACUGAAAUGGGAGUCAGUUCUUUGGCCCACUAUAGUUUA